GAUUCCCGACCUGAGAUGGAGGAAAAUGCCCUGAUUCAGCCCAGAGAGCAAGGGGGUACCUAUCUCAGGGCAGGAUGGAAAAUGAUUCCCUUCUUCGCCUUAUGUUUGCUUCAAGAUACUAGUGCUUUUAAAGGUCCAAGACUGGUCGGAGUCCCUGGGGGAACGGUCACUAUCGAGUGCCAUUACACCCCUACACCUGUCAACAAGCACCAGAGGAAAUAUUGGUGUCGCCUGUACCCCCCUCAGAGGGUCUGCCACACCGUCAUCUCCACCAACCUCUUCAUCAGUCGGCAGUACCAGGGCCGAGUGACCCUUUCGGACUUCCCCAGACAGGGCCUGUUUGUAGUGACCUUGACCCAGGUGGUACCUGAAGAUGCAGGGCACUAUCGCUGUGGCAUCGGACCUAGAACAGAUAAGCUCUUCAUCAGCAUGAAUCUGACCGUCUCUACAGAUUCUGCUAUGCUCACAAUUCCCCCAAGCAUCAUCCCCAUGACAGCUCUGGCUACCAGAGGCCAGAUGAUGGAAACUCUUGGUACAUCAACUUCAUUUAUAGGUAGACAGGAACUUAACACAACCCUACUUGCAGAGGGAUGGGAGACAAGAACCAGCAGAAAAGAUACCACUCCAGCUGAAGUCACCCAGGCACCAAGAACUACUGGAGCAACAACUACAGUUACAGGUGGAUGGGACCUUGACACAACCCUACUUGCAGAGGGAUGGGAGACAAGAACCAGCAGAAGAGACACCACUGCAACAGACAUCACCCGGGCACCAGAAAGAACCAGAGAAACAGCCCCAGUUAUAGGUGGGCAGGUUCCAAAAACUAUCAAAACAACAGCUUCAGCUCCAGGCAGUCAGGUCUUUGAUGUAACCCUGGUUAUAAAAGGACAGGGGGUAGGAAUUUGCAGAGGAGACAUAACUGCAACCAGAGUCACCAAGGCCUCAGGGACUAUUGCAACAAUCACCUCAGCUGUGGGUACACAAAGUCCAGGAACUCUUGAAGAAACAACUCCAGCUGCUGGCAGACAGGACCUUGACACAAGUCUGGUGGCAAAAGGACAGGGGGCAGAAAUUAGUAGAGAUCUAACCCUGACUCGAGUCACUCAGCAACCAGCACAAGCUUCAAGCAAAAGUAUACAGGCUCCAGGAGUAGUUAGAUUAACAAUGUCAAGUACUGCUGACUGGCUUCUGGAAACCACAAGAGCUGCAGAUCCAGUUCUAGGACAGAUUUCCGGAGCCAAAGUAACAUCAAACUUAAGGGAAGGAGAUUUGGUCUUGGGAACUAGGGCUGUGACAAAGACAAUUGUAGGAACCGUUAAAGAAAGGCGAUCGACCAUCAGGACCACAAAUAGGCUAACUAAGGAAACUGUGAACACUAGGAUGCCUCAGAUUACCACCAGAAACAUCCCGGGAACCGUCAGAUCUUUAACAAUGGCCAAAGAUGUUCUCAGAGAAGUAACUCCAGGUACAGAUCAGUACACUCAGGGGAUCAUCAGAGCUACAACCCCAGAUGAAGAUGUAGGUGCUUGGUUCUCAAGAACCAUUAGAAAACGGAAAACUUCAGCUUUAGGAGGAACAACUACUAUUGGUAGAGAGAGUCAUUCCGAGGAACCACUGCGAAGAAUCCCAGGAGCAACGCUCCUGAUUCCUCCCAGCAACAAGCCCUUCCUGGAUAAUUCAUCUCUAGAUCAGAGGCGUGUCUCCCAGAUCUUGAUCAUUUUAUCUACAGUGUUGCUCCCAUUUGUUCUCCUGGUUCUGCUGCUCCUGCUAAGGAAGCUUCGAAAGAGGAUCUCUCUCCAGACACAGAAGAUGCCCAGGCUUUCCCUAAUCCAGCUGACCAACUUUCAAGAUUUUCCUGAGAAGCUGAGCCGGGAAACACUACAGCCCCGGGAAGCCUAACUCCUCCACAGUCGUCCCUGUGGAAGGUGAUUGGGGAUCGACCCUCCUAUCUGUGCCAGUCUGAGACUCUCAGAGGGAGACCUGGGACUCUCACUGUCUCCAGGGAACACAAGGACCAGGAGCUCCUGGCUGUGGA